AUGGACCAGUUGGAGACACAACCAGUCGAUUCUGAAUACUCCGGUGAGAUUCCCAAGAUCGAUGACCAAAGUGAAGAAGAACAAAUGGAUAAGGCUAAGACGAAAGGAAAAAGUAACGAAGAGGACACGAAGAAGAGCGGAGAUGAGCAGUGUGGAGAAAGUGAAGAGGACGAGAAGAGCGAAGAUGAAGAGAAGGAUGGAGCAAGUGAAAAGGAUGAGAAGAGCGAAGAUGAUGAGAAGGAUGGAGAAAGUGAGGAGGACGAGAAGAAGAGCCAAGAGGAGAAGAAAGACAGCAGAAGUGAAGAUGAUGAGAAGAGCGAAGACGAGAAGGAUGGAGAAAGUGAGGAGGACGAGAAGAAAAGCCCAGAGGAGAAGAAAGACAGCAGAAGUGAAGAUGAUGAGAAGAGCGAGGACGAGAAGGAUGGAGAAAGUGAGGAGGACGAGAAGAAGAGCCAAGAGAAGAAGGACAGCGAAAGUGAAGAUGAUGAGAAGAGCGAAGACGAGAAGGAUGGAGAAAGUGAGGAGGACGAGAAGAAGAGCCCAGAGGAGAAGAAAGACGGCAGAUGUGAAGAUGAUGAGAAGAGCGAGGACGAGAAGAAUGGAGAAAGUGAGGAGGACGAGAAGAAGAGUGAAGAUGAAGAGAAGGAUGGAAGGAGUGAGGAUGAUGAGGAUAAAAAAGGUGAUGAAAAGAAGGUUGGAGGCAGUGAAGAUGAAGUGAUGGAAGGAAGUGAUGAGAAGGACGAUAAGAGCGAAGAUGAAGAGAUGGAAGGAAGACCUGAGGAUGAGAAGAGUGAAGAAGUUAAGGAUGAAGCAGGCGAUGAGAAUGAAGAUAUGGCGGAAGACGAAGAGAUGGAAGGAAGUGAUGAGAAGGAUGAUAAGAGCGAAGAUGAAGAGAUGGAAGGAAGACCUGAGGAGGAAGAGAAGAGUGAAGAAGUUGAGGAUGAAGGAAGUGAUGACAAUGAGGAGAAGAGCGAAAAUGGCAAGAAGGAUGAUGCAGGAAGUGAUGAAAACGACAAGAGUGAAGAUGAAGAGAUGGAAGGAAGACAUGAAGAGGAUGAGGAGAGCCAAGAUGAGAAGCAUGGAAGCAGCGAGGACGAAAAGGAGAAGAGUGAUGUUGAAAAGAAAAAUGGACUAGGUGAGGAGGAUGAGAAGAAGAGCGAAGAUGAAAAGAUGGAUGGAGGACAUGACAAGGAUCAGAGGAGCGAAGAUGAUGAGAAGGAUGGAGAAAGUGAGGAGGACGAGAAGAAGAGCCAAGAGGAGAAGAAAGACAGCAGAAGUGAAGAUGAUGAGAAGAGCGAAGACGAGAAUGAUGGAGAAAGUGAGGAGGACGAGAAGAAGAGCCCAGAGGAGAAGAAAGACAGCAGAAGUGAAGAUGAUGAGAAGAGCGAGGACGAGAAGCAUGGAGAAAGUGAGGAGGACGAGAAGAAGAGCCAAGAGAAGAAAGACGGCAGAUGUGAAGAUGAUGAGAAGAGCGAGGACGAGAAGAAUGGAGAAAGUGAGGAGGACGAGAAGAAGAGUGAAGAUGAAGAGAAGGAUGGAAGUAGUGAGGACAAUCCGCUCUUACAGAUCCCAGCCGCCCAGUCUUUGUUGAAGAAAGGACUCGCACCGGAGAUGUUGGAAGUUUCGAAAGGCAGUCAAAGUUCAAACUCUUCUUCAUCUUCUACCUCCUCUACAUCAAGUGCUUCAAGCAGUGAAAGCAAUGAAGAAGAUGAACAACCAGUCAUGAAAAGGCCAGCACAAAGGAAGAAGGUGACCAAGUCCCCACCGAAAGGUUUGGAGGCAGCCGUGGAAGAGGCCAGUACACUUGCAGCGUUUGACGCACUUCACAUGACGAGAUACUGGGACUACUGCAAUGGGAAAUUUCAACAUCUGACUGCUCAAGAAGCUUUGUGUGAACUGGAUGUUUCAGAAUCAGUGGAAGCACCAAAGAUUGAUCCACAAAAACAAUAUGAUAAGUUUCUUGCAACCGUCUUGCAGAAGAAGAGUGAAAGCAAAAGAAAGGUAGAGGAGGAUAUGAAGGAAGAACCGCUGGAAGACUUGCUUGACAGUCUGCCAGAUUGCCACUCUGCCCAGUCUGCUGCCUCCUCGGUGAAGCCAGAGCCGGAGGAGCGAGCUAUGAAGGACAAAAAAACGCUGGUCCAUGAGGAGAAAUUCCAGGACUUCAGUGACUUCAGCGCGACGGGUGGACUGUGGAGAUUCGUCGCCGACUCGAAGGAAAAGCAGCUGGACAACUAUACAAGGAUUAGGGCCAUGGAUCCGAAGCGCUUGUUAGUGAUCCUCACCUUACUUUCGCAGAUUGAGCUGCCUCCUAGUCAUGAAGCGAAUGACUUUGUGGAGGUGUGCAGUGGACAAGGUGAACUGAGCCGUGCUCUCUGGAGAAGUGGCCGGCAGGGCAAAGCUUUUGAUGUGGUCUACUCAAAGAACCACAACCUGCUACGAACGGUUGGCUUCCUAUCGGUACUUGCAGCAGUACGAAACACACGGGCAGGAGGGCUAUUGUUCUUCGCACCACCAUGUUCCACAUGGGUGUUUUUGUCUUCACCCAGUACUGGGAGGACUUGGCUUGACCCAGAAGGGUAUCCCACCAAGUGUGUCUUGCUGGCAAACAUCUUUGUGAUGCGCAUGCUGUACAUACUGUUCUACGCAUGGCGUCGUGGAAUUCACAUAAUGGUGGAGCAGCCAAUCAGUUCAGUCCUGUUUGAUUGGGCACCAGUCAAGAAAUUUCUGAUUCUGUGCAAUUCCAGGAAAGUUACGUUCCCCAUGGGAUCCUGGGGUGCUCCUUCGAUGAAGUACACCACGAUAUGGGGGACUCUUCCCGGUAUCUCCAGCCUCCGUCGUCCUUUGGAUUUGAAGCAGCUGAAGCGUGCCCUUGUUCUCUUCAACAAGUUGCCCAGUGCUUCACCCGGAAGGAACACCCUUGUCAAGAAGACGGUGGACAAAGCUGGCAAAAAGAGAGUGGGUAUCAAAAAAGCUUUGGAGCAAUCAGCGGUGUAUCCUCGGGACUUUGCUUGGGCCAUUGCUGGCCUGUUACCAGUGACUGGGAAGCGGCCGUCGAAUGACGAAAUCGAUGUUUCAUAUCAAGGAACUGGUUCAGAUUUAGGUGCCCUGGAUGAUUUGCUGAAAGGGCCUCGUAAAACUUGGUGGAGAAAACUCAUCGAGGCUGUUGAGGAGGAUAAACGUAGAGCUAAGAGACGGGAGGAGAAGGAGAAGGAUGAGAAACUGAAAAAAACAGAGGCCAACCAUGGUGAAGACAAGGAAAAGAGAAAGACUGGGGAGAAGGCAAAGGAGAAGCAUGCAAAAGAGACCAAAACUCCAAAGAACACUGCAGCAGCCAGCAAGACGAAGGAAGAUGAGAAGCCCAGGAAGAAGCAGAAGAUGGCAGAUGAUGUUUCACAGCCAGAAGUGAAGCCAUCGGGCCCUGCAGAAGCAAAGGAAGCAAAGGAGAAGAAAGAUCAGGCCACAGGAGAAAAGAGAAAGACUGAGGAGAAAGCAAAGAAGAAGAAGGCAGGAGAUGAAGAGAAAACGACUGAAGCUCAAGCGAGCGGUGCAGCAGCCAGCAAGACGAAGGAAGAUGAGAAGUCCAAGAAGAUAGAGAAAAAGGCAGAUGAGGUUUCACAGCCAGAAGUGAAGCCAUCGGGCUCUGCAGAAGCAAAGGAAGCAAAGGAGAAGAAAGAUAAGGCCAAAGGAGAGAAGAAAAAGACUGAGGAGAAGGCAAAGAAGAAGGAGGCAGGAGAUGAGAAGAAACAGACCGAAGCCCCAGCGAGCAGUGCAGCAGCCAGCAAGACCAAGGAAGAUGAGAAGUCCAAAAAGAUAGAGAAAAAGCCAGAUGAAGUUUCACAGCCAGAAGUGAAGCCAUCGGGCCCUGCAGAAGCAAAGGAAGCAAAGGAGAAGAAAGAUAAGGCCACAGGAGAAAAGAGAAAGACUGAGGAGAAAGCAAAGAAGAAGAAGAAGGCAGGAGAUGAAGAGAAAAAGACUGAAGCUCGAGCGAGCGGUGCAGCAGCCAGCAAGACGAAGGAAGAUGAGAAGUCCAAGAAGAUAGAGAAAAAGGCAGAUGAGGUUUCACAGCCAGAAGUGAAGCCAUCGGGCUCUGCAGAAGCAAAGGAGAUGAAAGAUAAGGCCAAAGGAGAGAAGAAAAAAACUGAGGAGAAGGCAAAGAAGAAGGAGGCAGGAGAUGAGAAGCAAAAGACCGAAGCUCCAGCGAGCAGUGCAGCAGCCAGCAAGACGAAGGAAGAUGAGAAGCCCAGGAAGAAGCAGAAGAUGGCAGAUGAUGUUUCACAGCCAGAAGUGAAGCCAUCGGGCCCUGCAGAAGCAAAGGAAGCAAAGGAGAAGAAAGAUAAGGCCAAAGGAGAAAAGAGAAAGACUGAGGAGAAGGCAAAGGAGAAGGAGGCAGGAGAUGAGAAGACAAAGACCGAAGCUCCAGCGAGCAGUGCAGCAGCCAGCAAGACGAAGGAAGAUGAGAAGACCAAGAAGAAACAGAAGAUGGCAGAUGAUGUUUCACAGCCAGAAGUGAAGCCAUCGGGCUCUGCAGAAGCAAAGGAAGCAAAGGAGAAGAAAGAUAAGGCCACAGGAGAAAAGAGAAAGACUGAGGAGAGGCCAAAGGAGAAGAAGGAAGAUGAGAAGCCCAAGAAGAAGCAGAAGAUGGCAGAUGAGGUUUCACAGCCAGAAGUAAAGCCAUCGGGCUUGGAGAAGAAGGCAGGAGAUGAGAAGAAAAAGACCGAAGCUCCAGUGCGCAGUGCAGCAGCCAGCAAGACGAAGGAAGAUGAGAAGCCCAAGAAGAAACAGAAGAUGGCAGAUGAGGUUUCACAGCCAGAAGUGAAGCCAUCGGGCUCUGCAGAAGCAAAGGAAGCAAAGGAGAAGAAAGAUAAGGCCACAGGAGAGAAGAGAAAGACUGAGGAGAAAGCAAAGGAGAAGAAGGCAGGAGAUGAAGAGAAAAAGACCGAAGCUCGAGCGAGCAGUGCAGCAGCCAGCAAGACGAAGGAAGAUGAGACGCCGAAGAAGGAAAAGAAGACCAACAGCAAGGCGACAAGGAAAGAAGGAGAAGAGAAGCAGCAGGAUGAGCAGGAUCACACUGAGAUGAGCCUUGUCCUGGCAGUGCCCAGACCGUUGGUUGCGACCAGUGCAGCCGGUGGAAGUGAAGGAGAUAAACCCACUGAGAAGGAGCAACAGGAUGGCAAGAGCAAACAUAUCAAACCAAAGAGAAAGGCAGAGACACAUGAAGAUGACAGGAAUGCAAAAGCCAUAAAGGAUGGUAAAGACGAUGGAAAAGCAAAGGAAAGUCUAAGUCAGGAGAUGUUGAUCGAAAAGACAUCGACUUUGGAAAGCCUCGAUUUCGGAGGACUUCUGUCACCACCCUUUUCUCAGAAGAGCCGAGUCACUCGAGAUUUGGACUCUGAAUUCGAUGAGGCAGCAGACCCUUAG